CAGUAGUUCGUUUUCUCUCGUGGUGUCGUCAGUGCGCAGGCCGCAGGCAGCUGCAUCGAAGGAAAAAAGCCCUCUGCGCAAGUGUGUGCAUGUGCUUUGUUUAUGAGGGAGCGGCUGCUGCAUGUUAUACACAUAGGGGGUUGCUUACAACUGUCGAAAUAUUAUUAGCAUCUAAGUGACUCGCGCGCACAUCAAGAAACAUCAAGCAACAUGGCGGAGCAAAUCGUUAUGACACCUAAAUGCAAAACUGCUAAUUCUACUACUUUGAUCAUUGAGAGAAAAAGACAGGAGACUGUUGCUAAUGGGGAUCAGAAGGAUGUUCAUGUUGCUGGGGGUGAUCAUAAAGGAAUUGUUAUUAACAAGCAGAUGACUGCUACAAAUGGAGUUGAGAAACCAGCACAAUUGUCUCUCCAAUUUAAAGUAUUCCUUGUUAGUGCACAAAGUGGCAAGCAUACACAGGAGCAGAGAACCUUGAACUUCUGGUUCAAUGACAACCUGUCGACUGAAACACAGCCAACUGUAGCACAAGAAUUUUUCAGAGAACUUGUGAGUCCGCAAGAGUUUCCUAGAGACUAUGUUGGAUUUAUCAAAAAAAUUAUGAAACUGGUACAACAUAAGUAUCCUGGCAUUGAACGCAUUGAGAUUGAAUUGAAACAGAUUGAAGAACCUAUAGAAUUGCCAAUUAGGCCAUUGUCUACUGAUGAGACUAUUUUGGGUGGCCCGCAGAUUGUUGAGCUCACUGCGGAAAAGAUAUUAGAAUUGAUCGAGUCUGCUUAUCCAAAUCCACUUACUAUUCACGAUUUAGUUGAAAAUCAUGGUUGGGACGCCGACACAGUCGCAGAAAAAUUAUCCGAGUUACAAAAGAAAGGCUUGGUCGUUGCGAUGGAUAACGGUGCCUUUACCCGAGUCGUUCAUCAAGAUACUCAAGUCCAGGUUGUCAAGCAAAUGCCAACAAUGGCAAGUGCAAAGCAACCGACCAUAGCUAUAAUUACGGCUCAGUACUGCGAAAAAUUGGCCGUUGACUCGAUGAUUGAAAACAAAGAGACGUUUGUUCGAUACACUACCGUCGGAUACGAAAAUGAUGUAGAAAACUCGCUGACUAAUUCUCUCAAAAUCUCUUACACGACAAUCCAACACCCACAUCCGACUCGACGUAUCCGUUUUGGCGAAUCGAACGUCUACACACUCGGUGAUAUCGGAGCACAUCGUAUUGUCUGUACGAAACUACCAACGGUUGGACACACACGCGAAGCUAUGACAGCAGCUGGAAAUACAACAACCAGACUACUUGGUAUUUUUCAAAAAGUUGAUUAUGUAUUUCUCGUGGGUGUUGGUGGUGGUGUGCCACAUUACACUGAUUACAAGAAACACGUGAGACUUGGUGACGUUGUUGUUUCAUAUCCAACGAGAUUGAAUAACAAAUUCGUAUACAUGUACUGUGAGAGUGCUAAAUCUAGUGAAGAUGGUAGUUAUCAGUUCGAGACUAAGGAGUAUUGCCCGAGUAAUCUUGGACUACAAGAUAUCGCCGCCAAUUUGAAGAAACAGGUUAAUGCAAGCGAUGGAUUCAAUCUACCGUGGCAGAGUCACAUGCGUGAGGGUACAAAGAAACUUGCCACGCAAUCCGAGCAUAAUUUCGAAGCACCGCCAGCCGACUCCGACAAACUAUACAUGAAUAUCGGUGAACGCGAUGUCAUUGAAGUUGCUCAUCCAAGCGCGCCCAAGAGCGAUGCCGCUUAUGUGAGAAACGACGGUUGCCCACAAAUUCACUUGGCUCCAGUAGCAUCAGGUCGUCGUAUCGCUCGCGACGAUCAACUACGUCAAAAAUUCGCCAGUCGUUUUGGUAUCUUAGCCUUCGACGCAGAAAUGGACGCUGUUGUCGACAGUAUCCUCGGUAAUUGUCGUGAUAGCUUUGCCGUAGUACGCGGCAUCUCUGAUUACAAAGACGGUUCUCGUGGUAAGGAAUGGCAGCCUUAUGCUUCACUCGCUGCUGCCAGUGUUGUCAAAGCCAUGAUCUGCGCUAUGGAUCCGCCUUCUCCGUACAAAAAGUAAAACGUCUGUGUUCGUCGAUGAUAAUUAUAAUAGUAAUUAGGCUUUUGAUCUGAAUUCCAUAGUUUUUCUUAGAAGUCGGAGUGUAUUUUUUAGAGGCUAUAGAUACGUGAUGUGAUUUCGAUCCAUAUCAAAAUCUUAAGCAAUAAAACAAAAUAAAUAUCAAAACAUUAGUCUUUCGAUUUGGACUUUAUGAAUUCGAUUCAUAUUGAAAUAAUCCGUACUAAAAUCAGAAGACAAAAAAAGAAAAACUUGUAAAAGAUUCAGAUCAAAAGCUUCUAUUUAAAAGUAUGACAGCUGUGCUGUCAGUAUAAUAGCAGAGUUUCAAAAGACUUUCUCCUCUUGUUGUAGUUUCAUCAUGUAGAUAGGUUUCGUCUUCUAUUUAAGAAAAUUGACAUGUGAAUCUAACGAUCCAAUCGUUGAUUCGUAUUUCUCUAUAUUUUCUUUUAUACCGUGGUAUAAGUUUAAAGUAUUUUUUUUAUUCUUUUUUAAUUGAUUUGUACUUUUAUAAUACGCCUGUGACGUUUGUUGUUUGUACUGACUUUAUAAUCGAAGUUUGUAUUUCCGUAUCAAUAUAAGUAUGGACGUAAUUGGCAAGUUCUACUGCGCGUAGGAUGAAUUUAUGAAGUUAUAUAUUAAAAGCGAUAUCACAUUCAUUAAUUCUUGUGCGAUUCAUCAUUUAGUAGCAGUACGUCCUUCAGUAUUUCAACUGGUGCCGAAUAUUGCAGUCUUUUAUAGAGAAUGUUUUUUAAAUAAUAAAUUAUAUAGUAUUUAUAACAGAUUUUCAAGCAAAAUAUAAUAUUGUAUACGCAUCAACUUAUCUAACUCGCAAUUUUUUAAUUUAUAUUGCACGACAAACGCUUAAACAGCAAUCAUCAGUCCUCGCUUCUUCGUACUUGUUGUUUUUCCGGGUUAUAGCAUGUGAUAUAAUAUUUAGCAUUUAAAUUCUAAUUUCUAACUAUUAUAAUUCAAUUUAUUUAUUUAUUGUAACGCUAAUAAUUUUAAUGUAAGAAUAACGUAUGUAUUUAUGGUAUUAAAACAAAGAAAUAUCGAUCAGGCAAUCAGUGCCAAUCUACUUAUAGUAUAAUUCAUGUUUGAACGUAGCAAGGUCCACGUUACAAAGCUUCUUACGCUUUAAAAAAAAUCAUUUUGCUAAUAUUCCUAUUUUGAGCUUUUGCUUGUAAACGCAUAAUUAUACACGUCACGAACGUUCUUUGAAGAGUAAUUUAUAUAAUCAAACUUCUUCCUUGCUUCAUUUAUGCUAAAAACAAUGUUAUUAGGUUUCUUUAAAUAAAUGUUCAAAUACAAAAAUAAAAUAACGUAAUAAUCUAUAUUCGGAGCGUCGACGCUUCCAUCUCAUUGAUUAAUCGAACAGAUUAUAAUAUACGAUGUAGACACACGCACACAAGAUUCCAAAGAUUCCGUCUCCGUAUAGCUAUAGACCAAACCUAGGCGGAUAAUCAAAUCUAUUAACCUGUUCUCGCCCUUGAACUUCGGAUCUUGUCAUGCUAAUCUAGUCGCUAUGCCGUCGAGUAUACUUUUCGCAGGCCAAUUUUUUUCCAUUUCCAUUUUCCGUUAGUCAGUUUGGAGUUUUACGGUUAGCGCAAAAAAAGAAUCGUAUUCCAGAAAAAAGUAGAAUAAACUCGAGAUCAAAGUAACGGCGUUGGUGUGAGAAACGUGUACUCGUCGGCAAUUACGGUCCAUUAACCGGUAAACGUACCUUAAUCAACAAGAUUGUCGAACUUGAAAAGGAGAAGUGGAUCAAAACGGAAAGCCGCAUUUGAUUACGGUCACGAGAGCUUAACUGCGGGUAUAAGAGCGCGCUUCAACGCGAUUCCAUAUAAGCUAUUUUGUAGAGUACUUUCGAAGACACGUACAUGAUACAUAAUACAUACAUAAUAUAUUGCUGUUACGUAUUCCGACAGAAAAAUGGAAAAAAUAUAUGUAUACAAUUUAUAUUAUUUAUUAUAUAGAUAAAUCAAAAACGUACUUUACACUCUGAAAAAUGUGUCAGAGCCGUUAAGUCCGUUCCCAAAUAAACGUUUCAUCA